UAAUGACAACAUCUAUUUGCGACUUCAGAAAAUUUUCGUUCUCAGUGUAAACUGCUUAUAUUUUUAAAAUCCCUUUUACGAUGUUUUCUUUUGAUGGACAGUACAAAAGUAGGAGGGCUGUUUCACUCGGAGGUGCAAGUAAAAAGGAACAAAGGUCCUCCUUAAUUCAAAGAACUCAAGCAGAAAGACAGAAAAGAGAGGAUCUGCGUCGCAAAACUGCAAGUGUUAUCAUAAUUCAGUCUUUUCUCCGUGGAGAGAGGGUGAGACAUCAACAGUAUGAGCUUCAGAGAAUUUCAUUUGAUAAGGCAGUCAGCUCAAUACCAGGGUCCAAAGAUACUCCAACAGCAGAUGUCAUUAGAAAUAUACUAAGAAAGCUUCUUUUCUUUCAUUCUGACUCCAAGGACACAGAGAGACUGAUUUGGAUGUGCAAGUUUCUGUUAAAGAAUGGAAAUACUGUGCAAAAGUUACAAACAAGUGAUCAUCAAAUUUGGCUUCAUAACAUCAAAUGCCUUCUCUUGAUCUGUAGCAGAUCACUAGAGACAUCAAUCAGAGAUUCUAAAGCUUUUGCUAUUCAGCUGCGUAUGCUGGAAGUUUUCACCUCCCAUAAUUCAUACUAUAAUCCUAAUGAUCCUGCCAGAAGUAGAAAGGAUGCUGCAAUGGUGACAGUUUACCUUGUCAGAAAUGGAUAUUUUAGAUAUUUGCGUGUUCUGCUGAAUGCCAAAGUUCCAUCCAGCUUAGAGCCAUCUACUGUCCCCCCUACUCCAAUGGCUGCUGCUAUCAGAGACCUGGUGAUGAACCCACUUUACUUCAGCAGCCAGUCCAGUAGUGGAGAAGAAUCUGCAUUUACUGCAAAUGAUAGGCAUGCAGUAUUUUCAGCACUCAUUUCUGACAUUCUUUGUCCAGAAAUGACAGAGCAAAUCAUCUGUUUUUUGCUACCAUCAAUAGCAGACCAAUCUGCAAGAUUCCCUUUUAGUCACUUGUUAGAGACCCUCCUGACAGUAUUAACAAAGGCUGAUGAAUCAGGGGGGACCAACAGUAAGAUCACCCCUACACCCUGGCUACUGUAUGGAGUAUUAGCAUUUGUUAAUACACAUCUAGGAUCAACUUCAGAUUUGCCUGUAGUUAAAUGCUAUAUUCAAGUUCUACAAAUGUUGUUGGUACAGCUCCCUCAUCCAGUUUCUAGAAUGUCAGAUGAUGAAGAUGACAGUGAUCCUGAAAUGGAGAUAGAUUCUUCACAGUCAUCUUUAGAAGACCUGAAAGAAAAAUGCUUGGAUAUCCUUGAUUCUAAGGAUCAUGUAAAGACUUUGGAAUCACUUUUAACAAGACACAAAGAACUAGCUUAUGAGGAAGAAGUUAUCAGAGCACUUUGCAACAUUUGUCAUUUCUUGAUGUCUGAGAGCAGACUGCCAAUACACAAGACUAGGCUUUUAUACACUCUGGCACUGAGUCCGGCAUUUGUAAGAGAACUCUGGACCAAUGUACAGUCAGUCACAGUUUUUACCAAUACAGGGAAAGAAAUCCCCUUGUUAGAUCUAAUAUGUCGUGGGACAGAUCUUUCAACACAAGAAGCCAGUGCUGUUACUCCACUGUUAUCUUUGUUGUCAUCACUACUAAGCAGUACUUUGUUUUCUGUUCAUGACAAUGAAUUUUAUGGAGUAGAAGGUCAAAGAAGUUCAUUCAUGCCAUUUUCUCUCAAAGAAAUCGAGCACAUGUCUUCAGUCUUGUGUACUGUUGUGAUAGGAAUAAUCGAGAUUAUCUACCCAGACGCAAGCCCAGCUUUUACAGGGCAGUACCUUGCUGCUAUGAAGAGUGUUGGAGCUAAGUCAGCCCUGAUGAAAAAAGAUGAGUUUUAUCCCAAAGAAAAGUGGAUCAAGCUUCUAAAGGACGUGACCUGCCUUGUUCGGCAGCUCCAUUCAAGAGACUCCAGGAGACAGUUCUGUCCUGAAGGCCACUGGCUGUCACACAGAGUUAACAUAGACCCAGCACAGAUGAAAAUUGACGGUUUUCUCAAUGAAGAAGGUACCGUAGAAGGAGUUCUAUCUUCCAGCACAGCUAGGAACAUGGCCAUUCUUCAGUACAUUCCGUUUGUUGUUCCUUUUAAAGACCGAGUUAAGUUGCUCCAGAGAAUCGUCGCAAAAAAUCGUUUGGAUUCCCAGGGAGAGCUGCAUAACUUUAUGAUGGGACCAGCCAUAGAUGUGACAGUGAACAGAAACUACAUCUAUCAAGAUGCUUUUGAUCAGCUGACCGAAGACAAAGCACCAAAUUUAAGACAAAAGCUUCGCGUUCGGAUGAUAAAUGCUCAAGGACUGGAGGAAGCAGGAGUGGACGGAGGCGGAAUUUUCAGGGAAUUUUUAAAUCAGUUGCUCAAAGCUGGAUUUGAUCCUAACAUCGGUUUCUUCAAGGCAACACAUGAGCGACUCCUUUAUCCCAAACCAGAGGCUGCUAUUUUAGAGAGGAAUUAUCUGAAACACUAUCAUUUUCUGGGACGAAUGUUAGGAAAGGCGUUGUAUGAGAACAUGUUGGUAGAGCUACCAUUCGCGAGCUUCUUUCUGUGUAAACUUCUCAGUAAGCACGGUACCGAUGUAGAUAUACAUCACUUGGAGUCCCUUGAUCCAGAAAUGUACAGAAACUUGCUGUUUCUUAAAAAUUACAGUGGAAAUGUCGAAGAACUGUCACUAAAUUUCACAGUGGUAAAUAAUGACCUUGGAGAAAGCCAGGUUGUGGAGUUAAAACCAGGUGGUCGAGAUAUUCCUGUCACCACCAGCAACAGAAUCAGUUAUAUUCAUCUUGUGGCCGACUACAGGCUGAACAAACAGAUUCAUCGUCACUGUGUAGCAUUCAGGGCAGGCCUAUCAGAUGUCAUCAACCUAGACUGGCUAAGGAUGUUUGAUCACAACGAACUACAGGUUCUUAUAUCAGGUGCCUUAGUUCCAGUAGACCUGGAGGACCUUAAAAGAAACACAAACUAUUCAGGUGGCUUUACGGAAGACCAUCCUUGUAUGCUUUCAUUUUGGCGAGUUGUCGGUCAGUUCACGGAUACACAGAAGCGUCAGCUGUUAAAAUUCGUAACGAGCUGCUCGCGUCCUCCACUCCUCGGUUUUAAGGAACUCCACCCUCCCUUCUGUGUGCACAGCGCGGGGCCUGAGGAUAGACUCCCGUCAGCCAGUACAUGUAUGAACUUACUUAAGUUACCAGAGUAUUUGGACGACGAAACCAUGAAAGAGAAACUGUUAUAUGCUGUAGAAUCAGGCGCAGGAUUUGAGCUGAGCUAAAAACUGUCAAAAGUGUCGUCACUCGGCUGUACGCGAGAAACAUCACAACUUGGCCAUGAAGUAAGCUUGACGCGUUCUGGUAGAAAGUGGAUAAAUUUGCGUUUAGUUCCUUGUAGUUGGUGGAAAAGACGAUGUUGAGACAGGCUCGCACGAGAAUUGUGUAUCAAUCGAAUGUGAUGUGAAAGCGUCUUCUGGAAAGCUUUGGAAAAGACCAUGUACGAACUCGCUCCGAUUUACAAUCCGAAUUUUUAGUCACUAGAGAUGUAAAUGUGACCCGGUCGAAAAGACACAAAUGUAUAACGUAUCUUCUACUUCAAGUGCAGUAACCCUAAGGGUUUAAAAAGUCACACCUCAGCAUACUAUAAACACUAUUUUCACUGGUUAGAGUUUUAUCGGAAGAGUCGGAUCCGUACAGCGAAAUCAACAAAGUACGCUUCUGAAAUAAUGUUGAGUUUUUUCAUUUUACCAAUUUGUAACUCAGCAGUUGUGGAAGUUCAAUCCAGAAAAGUGGAAACAUUUGUAUUUAUAGUGAACAACGUGCUGUAGAACUGACUAACUCGCCUGGAAAUAAAAGAAGGGAGAAAGAGGUUUUGAAAGUUCCUUCUUUUUCUGCUUUUGUAAAAUUCAAGAGAAGUCAAAAAUGUAAAUAGAGUAUUACAUUUGUCUCGUAGUAUUUUUGUUGAAUGGCUGGCAAAAUGAUAGGACGGUUCAAUCAGGUGCACCUGAAAGAUUAGUCCACCAAGAUUAGGAAAUAUCUACUGUAUAUUGUAAGGCAACUUCUCAUACCCCAAAUCAGUGCAUUAAAGAAGAGCAGGAAUCAGAUCCUAUGUUAUUGUCCCCAGAAUAUGCAUGGCCGAUCUAAGAUGACUCUGACGAACGAAACCUGGUUGCUUAGUCAUUUAUAUUCUAAGCCACGUCAUGGAUUUUGCCUCUUGAAGAGCUAAGCUAAAUGUUUUUUCAUUCUUAACCUCGUAUUUCUUUCUUUACUCGUUGGUGUUAGUCUGCUCCAAAAAAAUUUUUUUAUAUCCUACGCAAUCAAAGUGACUCAAAGAGUUGUAAUUUAGUUCUUAACAUUCUGUUGCAUUAACUAGCUUGUAGGUUCAAGUUCCUUUACUUUUACUGAGUCACUUCAACAAAAUUAACUAAUCAAAUUGUUGGAAGCGAACCGGAGAGUGACUCCAGCUAAAUCUGUCAACUGUGCCAAUCAGUGUUUGAGAUCAAGGCAAGGAAAGAUGGCAGAGAAUUUAGUUGAAACUCAUUUCAGGUUUCCUGUAAUCGAGUUGCUGAGUUUUGAGGGAGUGAUUCUGGUAACAGUAACCGCAGUGUAAUUUGUUUUGUUACAGAAAGCGCCAUGCUUUUUGUAGUGUCGAGGAAGAAAUAUUCUGUACUAAGUCAAAACGGUAAUAAAACUCUCAAAUAUGAUUGA